AUGCAAGGAUCUUCGGGAAACUCAUGUCCAAGCCAGCCUUCGAUAGGAAGGCUCAUAAGAAGUAUGAUACCCCAGGAAAUAAAGACCUGGAGGGCCCAGCCUGCCCAGAAGAAGGCCAAGGCCAAACAGCCUCAUAGGGGUACUCCUGUGAGGAUGACUAGUUGUAUCUUCUCAAGGCCUGUGGCUAGAGUAACUUCCCACCCUGAGAAUAUCACCAAAUACAGGAGGAACGAAAAGAAGCUGGAGAAACCCCAGCGGCUUUGUGUAUUUAGCAGACUGCAGAAACAUCUACUUGAAGACAGGAAUGAAGAACUAUUAUGUUCAUUGGAUAUUACAAAUGUUUUGGCUGAAGCCAAAGUUCAAAGCUGGAAUAAUCCCCACACUUCCCCACACUUUACCUCUGUCCCACCCCAGAGUUUGGAUAAGACAGUGCAAGAGAGUGUUCAGCUGUCGCCAUCUUCCUUCAGUCAAGGGGUAAGAAUGCCAAUUGCUCUUCAGUUGUCAUCAUCUUUGUUUAAUCAAGUAGUAACUACUGCAGACAUCAGAAGACAGGCCCAGAAGGUAAAGACAGCCAGGAAGAGACUGGCCAAGGCUUUGGAGGCAGACAGGCUUGCCAGACAGGCAGAGACUAUGGGAGAAUAG